CAUUAAGCUCAUGUUCUCUCUCUGUUUCUCCUCCUCAUAGCAGCUACACCUGGGCUCAUUUCUGUUCAGCUGUGACCCCUUCCUGGAGGGAAGCUGAGCUGCUGCUGCCAACAACAUCAGGUUCCCUUUCAGUGGAUGACACACCUGGAUCCACUCCGGCCACAAGCAGAACCAGGACUGAACUAAACACAGGAACAACAGAGACUGGUGAAACCUCUGAAUCCCAGUAGGCCCAGUAUGAACCAUCUUCAUGAUGAGCUCCUAGGAAGGAGGCGUCGUCUCUGAAAGCAGCCAAAGACCUGAACUGUGACGUUCAGGAAGCAGCAGAUAAAAAAGCUUAAAGUAGGAAGUCUUCAGAGUCUGGAGCCACAUCCUGAUCACAUCAAGAGACGAAGCUUCACUCCACAUCAGAGGAAACAUGGAGCAAACGGCUCUGAUGCUGCUUCUGUGUCUCUGCAGCUCAGCUCUGUCUGAUGAAGUCAGACUGGCAGCAGGAAGGAGUCGCUGUGGUGGCCGACUGGAGAAGGAGGAUCUGGGAGACUGGGAACCAGUGAAUUAUUGGGACUGGAACUGGAACGUUACAUCAGCAGCUGUAGCUUGCAGACAGCUGCACUGUGGAUCUGUGGUGUCGAUACAAAGAGAUCAGAGCUUCAAUGUACAGAUCGUCUGUUCAGACUCAGUCAGGCUGGUUCAAGGGACCAACCGGUGCUCAGGCAGACUGGAGGUGAAGACCAACCAGUCGUGGUCCUCAGUGUGUGAAAAAGACUUUGACCUGCAGGAUGCAGAGGUGGUCUGCAGGGAGAUUGGCUGUGGGUCUCCUUCAGUCCUCCAGGGGGCGCUCUAUGGAGAAGCAGAGGCUCCAGUGGGGAGCAGAGAGUUCCUGUGUGAAGGCAGUGAGUCUGCUCUGCUGACCUGCAGCAGCAGGAAGAGUUCAGUUAGAAACAGCUGCUCACCUGGUCAAGCUGUUGGACUCACCUGUUCAGGUCCAGACAACAUCAGGUUGGUGGGAGAGACCAGCCGAUGUGCCGGGAGACUGGAGAUGAAACAUCAAGAAGACUGGAGACCAGUGGAAGUUUGGGGUGGUUACUGGGACAAGAGCUCAGCUGCUGUAGUUUGUGCUGAACUGGACUGUGGUUCUGCUGUUUCAGUAAGAAAAACAAAGGAAGCUUCAGAGAGACCAGUUUGGUCGAUCUUCACUGACUGUUUGCAGUCAGGAUCUGCAUUAAGGAACUGUUUACCUGAUAAUGGAACCAGUGAUGAGAGCCAUGAGUUAAUCUGCUCAGACUCAGUCAGGCUGGUUCAAGGGACCAACCGGUGCUCAGGCAGACUGGAGGUGAAGACCAACCAGUCGUGGUCCUCAGCGAGUGAAAAAGACUUUGACCUGCAGGAUGCAGAGGUGGUCUGCAGGGAGAUUGGCUGUGGGUCUCCUUCAGUCCUCCAGGGGGCGCUCUAUGGAGAAGCAGAGGCUCCAGUGGGGAGCAGAGAGUUCCUGUGUGAAGGCAGUGAGUCUGCUCUGCUGACCUGCAGCAGCAGGAAGAGUUCAGUUAGAAACAGCUGCUCACCUGGUCAAGCUGUUGGACUCACCUGUUCAGGUCCAGACAACAUCAGGUUGGUGGGAGAGACCAGCCGAUGUGCCGGGAGACUGGAGAUGAAACAUCAGGAAGACUGGAGACCAGUGGCUGUUUGGGGUGGUUACUGGGACAUGAACUCAGCUGCUGUAGUUUGUGCUGAACUGGACUGUGGUUCUGCUGUUUCAGCAAGAUAUUCAGAGGAAGCUUCAAAGAGACCAGUUUGGGAGAUCAAGUCUGACUGUUUGAAGUCAGGAUCUGCAUUAAGGAACUGUUUACCUGAUGAUGAAACCAGCGAUGAGAGCCAUGAGUUAAUCUGCUCAGACUCAGUCAGGCUGGUUCAAGGGACCAACCGGUGCUCAGGCAGACUGGAGGUGAAGACCAACCAGUCGUGGUCCUCAGUGUGUGAAAAAGACUUUGACCUGCAGGAUGCAGAGGUGGUCUGCAGGGAGAUUGGCUGUGGGUCUCCUUCAGUCCUCCAGGGGGCGCUCUAUGGAGAAGCAGAGGCUCCAGUGGGGAGCAGAGAGUUCCUGUGUGAAGGCAGUGAGUCUGCUCUGCUGACCUGCAGCAGCAGGAAGAGUUCAGUUAGAAACAGCUGCUCACCUGGUCAAGCUGUUGGACUCACCUGUUCAGGUAGACGAGGAUCUAUCAUUAGAAACAACAGGAACUGGAGCUACCGCUGCGUUUACCACGUCUACGUUUUCUCCCAUAACUUCUCCUCUAUGAGCCAGCCUCUCAACCUCACUGUCUCAGCCUCUCUCACUGCUUUGAUCAUCAGACUGGUUGUCGUCCUGCUGGGUUUGCUGGGAUCAGUCCUGGUCCUCUACUUUAAGGCCAGGAGGAACCAGAAGUCUGGACCAGAAAACAGCCAUCAUGAUGAAGGAUCCAGAGCUGAAGGCAGCUUAGAGGAGGAGACUGCAGUCUGAAGGAACCAGGAGAAAAGGAUCUUCAUUUCACAUCCACAGGAAGGAGCAGAGACGUGUUUCAGACUCCUGGAAAUCUAUCCGUCUGCGUAUCUAUGAUGAAACGUCUCUGUGCUCCUGCAGCAGGAAGGAAGUUCAACAUUCAGAAAUUUGUAUCUGGACUAAACCUACUUAAGUAAAACUUAUAAAAGAAGCAAACAUUCAACAAAAUGUAACAGAAAACCCACUUCAUCUAAAUCUGCUCUUCAUCAACCUUGCAAGGAUAGCAUAUGAUAGGAUAUUUGGGGUCAAAGGUUAGGUGGCCAAUUCCAUUCAGGCCCUGAACCCAGUUUGUGUCCUCGUCUCAUUUUGGGGUUUUGAAUUGUGACAAAUGUAACACAGUUGAUCCUGGCUUGUAAUACUGUGACCUGCCUGUAGGUGGUGUAUGUCUUCACUGCCAUGAUAACCCAUCCAAUACAUCCAGUUCCAUCAAGUCUGAACCAGAAGUGAUCCGCGCCAUCUUAGUAGGGAAGUGCAUGUACAAUGCAUAAUGGACCCAUGGCUUUGAGAACAACAAGAAAACAUGUGGACACUCUUGACCAAAAUACCAGAGAGAGAUACAUGAACAAAAUGGCUGCCGUCGGGAUCAACCUGUAUGAGAAGAGGAAGAAAAUAUGUCAGACGAUGUGGACAAGCUGCCUCCGAUCUCCUCCUACGAUAACGUUAACUACUAAUCAACACGAAGAGUGCAUACGCUGUAAACGAGCUUCACUGCCUGAAAUUCAUGGAUGCAUAUAAUUAUUAUUUCAACAGCUUUGUAAAGGACAAACGAACUCUGUGUGAAUAAUGAGGUUCUGGUGACUGGCAGACCAAGAACAGGUAGCAACAAACACGUCGGCUACAUGUCUGUCUUAGCCUGCAGAUGGGAUGGAACAUUUUAUGGUUACUAUGAUUAUGAGUGGAUCAAUGCAUAACAGUGUUAUGAUUCUUGUGUAAAGCUUGUGAUCAUGGGAAAGUCUUCUGAAGCCGUUUCUCUGAACUCUGGAUUAUUAUAGAGUUGUAGAAUAUUUUCUUUUUUCAUUCUUAUGACAUCCAUCAUGUUUAAUUUGCUUUAUGAAAUAAAAUGCGUAUGCUUGCAGUCUGUUUUGUAGCUAAGUAGAUUGUUAAACUGUGUGAAUUCAAUGAAACGUUUCCUAUAAACAGUUUGCUGUGUUUUGCCUGAGGCUCUUUCUCCUGACUGUGUUCAGUGAGCAGAGACUCCAAAUGCUGGAAAGCCUACAAAUAAAUAUUGACAAAGAAUU